AUGAACGAUAAACAAUCGGAUAAUCUACGAAAUGAACUAGAAAAAAAUCUGCCAUUAUUAUUAUUGGAAGACAGUUUGUAUGGUGGCAGGCACAACAAAAAUACGACAUUAUUUGGAUAUACAGAUGAUGAAAUACUGUGUUUAAAAAGUUGGCUUCACAAGAGAUUUGCAAAUUAG